ACAGGACACAAGCGAGGACUGUGUCCGCGGUCUGAACGCUGUCCGCGUGCGCUUUGCCGGCUGGCUGCGCGUGGAGGGCCACCUGGCCUCCCGGAACCUCCCCGCUCCAGCCUUGGUGUGCCGGUUUCACAGGUCCCGGAGUCCUCUCCUCAAACCCGUCCAAAGUCCGAGCCCCGCGGCCACUCCUCUCUUAGCUAAGCCGAGCGGUUUAGACGAGCCUCAGUUCCUGAAGAUGAGAGAGUCCAGGAGGGCCCUCGCUGUCAGGUGCAGGAGUCGGGCCGGGGGCAGAACCGGCAGUUUUCUUCCCUAAGGCCGGGUGGGGUGGGCGCGAACUGAGCGCCCUCCCUCGGUCAGCCGAAGCGCGCGGCCCGGCCUCUCCAGCAAGGUCCUGCGCACCGGGCGCGUCCGACCCGGCCAGGCCGCGGGGUCCCCGGCAGGGGGCGGCCUCGCUCCGCGCGGCCCGCUCCUCCCGCAGCCGCCGCCGCCGCCGCCGCCCCGGCUGCCGCUCCUCCCCCAGCCCCGCCUCCCUGGCCCCCGCGCCGCCCGCUCGUCCGCCUGUCUCUGCAAGGCCAUCGGUCCGUCCGCCCGCCCUCCCGGCGCUCCUCCGCCCCGGCCCCGCUAACCCUGGCCGCGCGUGUCGCUUCCUCCGUUCCGGUCGCCGCAAGCCGGUUCCCCGCCCCCGGGCCGGCCGCCACCGCUACGCGAGGCCGGGGAUUGGCAGCGCGCGUAGGCCGCGCCGCCGCUGAUGGAGCCGGAAUAAAGGGGCGGCCGAGAGAGCAGCUGGUCGCCGCUCGCCCCGCGCCUGGCCCCGCAGGCGGCCUGGAGCAGAACCGCUCACUGGGGAAGGCAGAGUUUCCCUGGCAUUGUUGGGACCCUGCCCUGAAGCACCCUCUGCCCUGUAGACGCAGCCUUGUAUUCUGUCUUCUCAAUUGAUGUCUAGGGCCGUCUGACCAGUCUUCUUCAGUGCCUUGUCUGAGGUCCUUGUCUGUCCCUGAGAUUGGGCAAUUUCUCUCUCUGAGUUUGGUCACCUUAAGCGGGAAACUGAAGCCAUUAAUCUCCAAACCCUGUUUCCAUCUUCCCAAGCAUGUCGGAAAGCUGGCAGCAGCCACCCCAGACACAGCCGCAGCAGCCGCAAGCCGCCCAACCUCAGCACCAUGCAGAGCCCCCACCGGCCCUGGCGGAGCAUGCGCUGCCCCCAGGUACAGCGGAGAACCCCCUGGGCUGUGCGGUCUAUGGCAUCCUCCUGCAGCCAGAUACGGGCCUGCAACCCCCACAACAUGCACCCUUGCAGGCAGCGGGGGAGCCAGGACCCAAAUGCGGUGUGUGUGGUCAUGACCUGGCCCACCUGUCUAGCCCGCAUGAACACCAGUGCCUGGCGGGCCACGACCGCUCAUUCCAGUGCACUCAGUGUCUCAAGAUCUUCCACCAGGCCACUGACCUGCUGGAGCACCAGUGCGUGCAGGCCGAGCAGAAGCCUUUCGUCUGCGGAGUAUGCAAGAUGGGCUUUUCCCUGCUCACCUCGCUGGCGCAGCACCACAGCGCACACAGUGGCCUCGUGAAGUGCUCUAUCUGUGAGAAGACCUACAAGCCAGCGGAGGCAGCAGAACCCGCCACCCCUGCUGCCCCAUCACUUCCGCCGGCCGCCCCGCCUCCUGCCGUCGCCCCUGCGGAACAGGCUGAUAAGCCCUACAGCUGCCCCAUCUGCCAGAAGCCCUUCAAGCACCUGUCAGAGCUCUCCCGGCACGAGCGGAUCCACACAGGUGAGAAGCCGUACAAGUGCACGCUGUGCGACAAGAGCUUCAGCCAGUCCCACCUGGUGCACCACAAGCGCACGCACAGCUCCGAGCGGCCCUACAAGUGCGCCGUGUGCGAGAAGACCUUCAAGCACCGCUCCCACCUGGUGCGCCACAUGUACGCGCACUCCGGCGAGCACCACAUGUUCCGCUGCAAUGUGUGCGAGUUGCACUUCAAGGAGUCCUCGGAGCUGCUGCAGCACCCCUGCACUCCAAGUGGCGAGCGGCCCUUCCGCUGCGGGGAGUGCCAGAAGGCCUUCAAGCGGCCCUCGGACCUGAGGCAGCAUGAGCGCACGCAUAGCGCCGAGCGCCCCUUCAAGUGCGACCUGUGCCCCAUGGGCUUCAAGCAGCAGUACGCGCUGAUGCGGCACCGGCGCACGCACAAGACCGAGGAGCCCUUCAAGUGCGGCCUUUGCGAGAAGGGCUUCGGGCAGCCCAGCCACCUGCUCUACCACCAGCACGUGCAUACCCUCGAGACUCUCUUCAAGUGCCCCAUGUGCCAGAAGGGCUUCGACCAGUCGGCCGAGCUGCUCCGGCACAAGUGCCUGCCAGGUGCAGCCGAGAGGCCCUUCAAGUGCCCUGUGUGCAACAAGGCCUACAAGCGGGCAUCGGCCCUGCAGAAGCACCAGCUGGCGCACUGCGCCGCAGCAGAGAAGCCCCUGCGCUGCACCCUGUGUGAGCGCCGCUUCUUCUCCUCCUCGGAGUUUGUGCAGCACCGCUGCGACCCAGCCAGAGAGAAACCGCUCAAGUGCCCAGACUGUGAGAAGCGCUUCAAAUACGCGUCAGACCUGCAGCGGCACCGGCGGGUGCACACGGGCGAGAAGCCCUACAAGUGCCCCAACUGCGACAAGGCCUUCAAGCAGCGUGAGCAUCUCAACAAGCACCAGGGUGUCCACGCUCGCGAGCAGCAGUUCAAGUGCGUGUGGUGUGGCGAGCGCUUCCUGGACGUGGCCCUAUUGCAGGAGCACAGUGCACAGCACAGUGCCGCAGCUGCAGCUGCGGAGGGCGCCUACCAGGUGGCCGCCUGCCUACCCUGAGGUCAGGCGAUGGCUCCUAGGGCCCAGCCCAGCCUCGCCUCCUUAUAGCUGCAUCCCACCAACCCCCCACCCAGCUCCAUAUUCUUAGGCUCCUGGAGUGAGGACAAAAGGUACUGGGCAAGUGGAGGGUGAGUGUACCCAGCACUCCUGUCACUAGCCUGGCCCUGGGGAGCCAGAUUGCUGUGGCCAGUCCUGAUUCCAUAAACCUCUUUCCUAUUGCAGGGUUCACUUUUGGAAGGCAGCAGUUUCCUCAGCUCUGGGGGACUGAAAUUCCACUGGCAGGCACUUCUGCCCCAGGGAUGGGGUCUACCAACUCAACCUUUCCAACUCUUUCAGGCUACUUAGAAACCGCAUGGGUCAGGAAGGAGGAUGGUUAUGGUAGGUCCUGGACCCCAGAGGCGGGCUGGGUAUAAGGCAUCCCCCUCAAAUUGCUGUUUGUGACCUACUUAUGGGGAUCAUGAUAGACUGUAAGCCAUAGCCCUCUGUCUGCCCCAGACAGGGGUGAUGUGUCCCUCGGGUUUCUGACAGUCAGGUUGUAAAGGAUAGGGGUCUGCCUGGAAAGCAAUGGGCAAUGGACCUGGCCAGGAAGGGGGAAGUAGUGCCGUCCCUGGGAAAAGCAGAAGCAACCUGCUUGUGUGAAGGGCUAAUCCUGUGGCUUUGAAAGCCCCCUCCCGCCUUGCAGCGUGGUUCCUAAUUGUGGUAGGGAGUGCAUGCUCAGCCAGAUGGAACUGCUGAUGGGGAAGGGGAAUGUAGGGCGAAGGGGGAUUGUAGGAGGAAGUAGGGCGAAGUUUGUGACCCCCUAGCAGAUGCAAACAAGUGUCCUCUUCUCGAAUUGUGAGAACCAAAUGUUCAGGGCUCAGGGGCAAAGCCCCAGUCUGCUUGCCCCAGCCUGCCUCAGGCCAAGACCAGGUCUGGGUGCCUGGGGUGGACCUCUGUCUCCACAGUGCCCUCCUAGUCCAUGGGAAUACCCACCCCUCCAUCAUCUUGGCUACCGGCCUGAACCCUAGGGAUUUUGUGUUGUCAGAGUGCCCUGGAUAAUAUCCAGCUACUUAGAAAACUAUAGUAUUCUCCUUUGGGUCCCAGGUCUCUGGCUGCCCCAGGGCUCUUAGAGCAGCAAGCGCCAGGGCAUAGGGAGCAGGAGGAACCAGUGGGUUCAGGAACCCAGCAGGCAGUGUGCCUGGCAGGAGGAUGGGUCAGCCAAGGUUGCUGGUGGCCAGGGCCUGCUCAGGGGCCCAGAGGCCCUUUGUUACCAAAAUAACCAUUUUGAACCCAGAUUUGCCCCCUGCCCUCUUCCAGCCCCACCUCUCUCUGGUUGUGGGUCUUGAAAGAAGCUCAGUGCACACACCAAGGACCCGAGGCACAGGAAGAUACACCUUGCCUCUCUUACCUUCAGAAGUCUGAACAGCCACAUCUGCCUCCUCUGUCUGACUGGGUUCCCUCCUGUGCCUGCAGAGGGGCUGGUCCUUCCCCUCGGUGCUGGCUCUCGGUCACAAUGCCUCAAAAGACCAGAACCCAGGCUUACAACAGUCCCCAACUGCUAUUUUUUUCUUUCAUUUUGCUUUCUGAAAGCAGUUUGUUAAUACUAUUCAUAGCAUUGUAUAGUUUAAUUUCAUGUCAUUUUGAAUCUUAUAUAUAAAUGUGAAAAUUUGGAUUUUAAAAGGAUGACUCCAUUUUAGGUAGCCACUUUUGAUGUAAUAUAUAGUGAAUCCAAUGUAUGCUUUAGAAGUAAAGACAUUGACUGUCACAGACCAAAGCUCUGCUUGUUCUGGUCAUUUUUCCACAGGGAAAUGAUGGGACACGGAGAGGCAGAGAGAGGUAUGAGGGCCAGAGUGUCAGGUUGAACUCUGGGACACAGGGCUGGAUUUGAAUCCUGAGCUUUGAAUGUUCUGACUGUGUAGCCUUGGGCAAGUCACUUAACCUCUCUGGGACUAAGUCACCUGUCUAUUAAAAAAAAAAAAAAAUAGGUUAACCUUUGCCUUGCUUGACUGUUAUAAAAAUGAAAUGGAAUCUCAGUGAGGCCCUGGUGGGUAAGCUAUGAAGAUGCUGACAGUACAAAGUACAGGACACCUGAGUCCCUGGGAAAUGGACCUGUCCCUCUUUGACCUCGGAUUAUAACUGUAACCCUGGAGGAGGGAGCUGGACCAUGAGGGACCAGCAACUCAUGGAAGACCAGAAGCUAGGGACUGGACCUGGUAAGCGAGAGAGCUUGCUCAGCCCCUCCUCGGAGCAGCAGACCCAGCCAGCCAGGCCCAUCCCAGAGGGCCUGACCUCACCCACAGCCAUUCACCUUGAACCACAGUGCUCCCUCUGCGUGCCCAGCCCAGCGACCUUCUACCUCUGGUCACUGACGCCUGGGACUCUGGCUCCAGCUGACCAGGAAGCUGGGAACAAUGGCCAGGACUGGCCAAGGCAGCAGGACAGCUCUUUACCAGUAGGCCCUGGGGUGGACAGCCCAUCAGCCCACUCAGCUCCCUGAGGGAUCGAAGUUACUAUGCUCCAUCUUCCCAUCUGUGCAGAGGCAGCUCCUCCAUAAACAGCCUGUGCCUCUGGGCACUGUCAUGGAGGAUCAUUUCUUGGUCUCCAGUCCCAUCCUGGCCCCACAGCCUUGCCCCCUCUGUCUUCCUUCAGAGCAGGCCUCAGGUGGGUCCUUGAGCUGCUCAGGCCACAGAAAUUCACCUAAGAUCCCCUGGUCAGACUGGUGACAAGCUCCACAUUCAAUCCUUAAGUAAGUGGUUUCUUUGUUCCUUAAAGUUCACGCCUCCAGGAAGAGCCUUGGUUACUAUUGAUUUUCUCAAACCUACAAAAAUUCCAGCCAGAAUAUCCUGUAAAGAAGGUGGGGGAAGGAGAAGGGAGCUGUGGAGUCCCCAUCUUCACUACAUGUGUCUCCAUUCUCAUCCUGGGUCUGCAUUCCUACCUUUGUUCAUCCACAAGCAUUACUGAGCACCUGCUGUUUGCCAGGGGGUGCAACAGGGCACUAAGCAGGAACUUCAGAUGAGAGGGUUUGGAGUUUUCAUGAAUCAAAAAGUAGGGUCAAAAAUGUCAAAACUGCUGGGGGCUGUGGCAUGUGCCUGUAAUCCUAGUGGCUCGGGAGGCCGAGGCAGCAGGAUCUUGAGCUCGAAGUCAGCCUCAGUAACUCAGCAAGGCCCUAAGCAACUUGUGAGACACUGUCUCAAAAAUUUAAAAGAGGCUGGGAAUGUGGCUCAGUGGUUAAGUGCCCCUGGGUUCAGUCUCCAGUACCCCCCCAAAAAAAGUCAAGACUGCUGAUACAUAGUACAAAAUAUGAUGUGCAGAGGUCCCCCAACCCUCAUCCCAUCUUACCCUCAGCUGGAGUCCUUAUCCUGUUCCUAAACCUGUCCCAGUGCCAGCCCCAGGCCCUGGGUUGUGAUGUGUGUUGUAAGUGUUGUUUUGUAUUAAACACUACUAUUACUUUAUGGUAGUUAUCGCAUUUA